AUGCCUGUCGUCGAGGAACAACAACAACAACAGAUCCAUCACACCGCAAAUGGCAAGACCCACCAUAAGCCUCGCCAUCACAUUGCCAUUUCGCCAUACUAUAAUCAAGGCACAGCCCUUGACACCGAAUCACGUCUUCAUCUUGGCCUGCGUGGCUAUGUUCCUGUGGCUGUUGAAGACCUUGAGAUGCAAAAGACACGUGCUCUACGAUACUUGAGAUCAAAAACUACUUCCCUUGACAAGUACAUCUUUAUGGCACAACUACGUAAUACCAACAUUCGUUUGUUCUACAAGCUUGUUUGUGAUGAGCUCAAGGAAAUCGCCCCAAUCAUUUACACUCCCACUGUGGGUGAGGCAUGCGUUGAAUACUCCAACAUUUACCCCUUCCUUGGACCACCUGGUGCUGCUGAUGGCUUGUAUAUCACAAUCCAUGACUUGCCCCAUAUCAAGGAAAUCCUCCACAACUAUCGACGUGCUGCAGAUGGCACCGUAUCUUCCCCUGAUAUUACAGUGAUUACGGAUGGUUCCCGAAUCCUUGGUCUUGGUGAUUUGGGUAUGGGUGGCAUUGGUAUUCCCAUUGGCAAGUUGCAAUUGUAUAGUGGUGCAGCAGGUAUUGAUCCUCGCAAGACGCUGCCCAUCAUUCUCGACUUUGGUACCAAUACGGAACGGUAUCUCAAUGACCCAUUGUAUCUUGGUCUCAAGCAAAAACGCCCUAACGAUGACGAGUUUUAUGCUGCCAUGGAUCAAGUGAUGCAAGGCUUGUAUGAAGUUUUCCCUGACAUUCUUGUGCAAUUUGAGGAUUUUUCAUCCGAACACGCUUUUGGGCUGUUGGAAAAAUACCAGGACAAGACUUUUUGUUUCAACGAUGACAUCCAAGGCACUGGAUCGGUGAUUCUUGCUGGUUUUAUGAAUGCAGUGCGUGUGGCUCAAGAAAAGAUCGGUGUCCAACCCGGUGAUCAUCGCAUUGUAUUCUUCGGCGCUGGUUCAUCUGCCAUUGGUGUUGCCAAACAAAUCCUCACUUACUUUAUGCGUGAGCAUGGCUUUACCGAGGAACAAGCGAAAAAGAUCUUUUACUUGGUUGACAGCAAAGGCCUCGUUACCCUUGAUCGUGGUGACAAGCUUGCUCAACACAAGGUGUAUUUUGCACGAUCCGAUAAUAACCAAGCCCAAUUCAAGACGCUAUGUGAUGUAAUUGACUAUGCCAAACCCACAGCUCUGAUCGGCUUAUCGGCCCAACCCCAAACAUUUACAAAGGAGGCAAUUGAGAAAAUGGCUACCCUGAACAAGUUGCCUAUUGUGUUUCCAUUGUCGAAUCCCAUGACCAAUGCCGAGUGCACGUUUCAACAAGCCAUGGAGUAUACCAACAAUCAAGUAUUGUUUGCAUCAGGCACAGCAUUCCCUCCUGUGACGCUUCCAUCGGGUGAACUCAAGCAUGCAGGACAAGGCAACAACAUGUAUAUUUUCCCGGGACUUGGCUUGGGCGCCAUUAUUGCAAAGGCACGCCACGUUUCUGAUAGCAUGGUCUAUGAAGCUGCCAAGGGUUUGGCGGCGUCCCUUGAACCCGAGGAAAUUGCCCAAGGCGAUCUUUACCCGGCAUUAAACCGCAUUCGUCCUGUAUCCGCAUUGGUGGCAGCUGCUGUUUGUCGUCAAGCUGUCAGUGAAGGUCUUGCACAACAACACGAUCUAGUCCACAUUGUCCAACAUGGCACCCAAGACGAGCUCAUGGCGUUUGUAGAAAAGCACAUGUGGGAUCCCAACCAUCACGGUCAUUUCAGCUUGCCUCCUCACUAA